UCGCUCAGGGGACGGUGGAAUUGAUAUACGCGGGAGUAUGUAUGGAAUUUCUUUUGGUGCCCAAUGGCCUGCGAUUGUCCGUGAGUUGAGAGGAGCUCUUGCUUUAAUAUCUAACUGGGUUUUAGGUGUUAUAGUGAUCCCUUCGAAAAGGAUAUAUUUGAAUGGUAAAUGGGUAAAUGGAUAUUCGCGUGAUGCAUAUGAUACCGCAAAUAAACUUGGAAUUGUACUUACGGAUUUAAAUGAUAUUUAUUUGGACAUAAAAAGGGCAGUCGCAUCAUUGCGAGAUCUCAUAGAAUUCACUCCGUAA